AAAUCCGUAUCGCAAAUGGGCAUGGCAUGAGCUAAUCAUAUGAUUAUCCUUCUAGAAGACGCCCACAACAAUCUUGAGGCGUAUCUCCUCCUUUUAACAACGGAAAGUCUCGUUUCGACACAGCUUCGUCUCUUUCGCUAAAAGCGUCCCCUUACGAUGCACUUUAUGUGCAUACAAAAUCUGCAGAACUCUGCAUAAUCGUUCUCGUUCCCUUUCACUUCUAAGUCUUGUGCAAGAUGGGCAUGAACGGCACGGUAGAUGUAUCUUGUUACCUGUGUUUUGAAGCCACAGGGGAUUCUGAAGCCCCCAGUGACCCCAUCAAGGAUCCUAAUAUUGCUUGUCGAAUUCCCAUAUGUGAUGAUGAUUAUGAUGACGAUGAUGAUGCUCAGUCUUGCUGCUACGAUGCAUCUGAGAGUCUCAGUUCUGACGAACUCUUCAAUGAUGAAGUGAAGAAAGAAGAUGAACAUGAAGAUGAGUUGGAGGUUUGUGUUCAUGAAGCAACACGUGAAGAAGAAGAUGAUGAUGAAGAUAGUGAGAUGCAAGAACAGAAAAAGGUAAGCGUGCGUGUGGAUUCAGGUGCAGAGAAGGUGGAUGAGAUGGAAAAGAACAGACUCUUCUGGGAAGCUUGCUUGGCAUCUUAAACUCCACCCGAUCAUCUGACACGUGUUUGUGGCUUGUAUUGUAUAAUUGGUUCAUGGGCUCUUUCAAGAAGGCGUUUGGUGGAUUGAAUCUGUGGGAGUAAUCGUUCGUCCUUGUUCUGCAAGAUUCGUCGCUUGCCUUCACUUUCAUCACCUUCGCCUCUGUUGCUUGCAAGGUUCAUCACGCACCGUUCAUCUUCCUCUCAUUUGAGGUUCGUGACUCCACCUUCAAUAAUGAGCGAACAAUGUGCGAUGGCAAGGGCAGAGUAAUAACGGGAGAGGGAGAGAUUGAGUUUUUUCCUGAAACAAUUUGAUUAUUUUAACAAGGGUAAUGUUGUCUUUCAAUUGUAAUUAUGAAUUACACUUAAGUCCCAAAAAA